AUGGAUGCUCUGGUAGCCAACCGCGCUCAAUCAGCAUAUCCACGAUCAACUUAUCGUUCCGAAAUUACCAAUGAAGAUAACCACGUAAAACAACGUCCCAAGACAAGUAAAAGUGUACAACGAGCAACAUCGAAUCUGUAUGAGCAGAACUCAGAAAGAAGUCGCAAAUCAUCUACGGCUUCAUCAGCAACAAAUUAUCAACGACGAUUGAAAACAGCAAGUAGUACGGGAACCACUACCACGCGACCUGGUUCUCGUAAACUUCGUUCUGAGGAAAUUGAAAAUCUUCUCCGAACUCUUGAUCGUGACGAUACAAUCAUCAUCGAGCUUGAUUGCUUGGCGAAUUAUCGAACCCUUAUCGAUACAAUUGAUCUACGUCAAACACCAAUUGACUGUCGAUUAUUAUGUGCAUUACAACAACGUGAAAAUCGCAUUGUUCAAAGCAAUGCGUGUCGUGAUAUACGUUUUCAUUCCUUACUGGAUUUACUUCAACCAAAAUUUAUAGCAGAGCCAACUGAAGAACUUGAACCUAAUGAAACUAAUAAUGAUCCUGUUGCGGAAUUUGUACAAUAA